CUUGUAGUGAAACCCUACACGGAGAUGUUCUGAAGGUGUGCGGUAUGAUAGUCUUCAUCGUUGCUAUCAUAUUGGGGAACGUGGUGAGUCUUCUGGUGUUUCUUGGGUCAAAGCGAUUCAGAACCCCACAAGGGUAUUUAAAAGCUUCUCUGGCGUUGGCUGAUCUAGCGGUUGGUGUCUUGGUAGUCCCUUACUCUGCCUACAGGGAAAUAGCCACAUUGCUUCAAGAAAAAGACUGCAACGAGGCCCUGUCAACAGCGGUCUGGGGGUUCCACCCCUGUCACGUCAUAGGUCCUGUUUUCGCGGGCUGCACGUUCGUUUCCAUCACCACCAUUUUCCUUUUGUGCAUUGAAAGGAGUAUCACGGUGCUGAAGCCGUUGCACAAAAAUCUCUUAGUCACAAAAAAGAGGACGAUCGCCCUGAUCGCGUUUUCCUGGUUGCUGUGCUGCUUUCUAGCCGUGGUGCCAUUGCUGUUCAGCCAGAAUAUCCUUUUGCACUACAGCCCCUGCAGUAGGAUGUGCAAUUACGUGUUCUCCACCGGGGAGUCAGCGCGCACCAGCACUGGGUGGAAUGUCAUACUGCUGUUCCCAACCUUUGAUUUCUCCCUCCUGGGAGGCACCUUUGUCAUUAACUUGAUAACGUUUGCUGCCAUACGCCAAUUCAGCAAGGCCAGGAAACAGUUGGCUCAGCCUAAGGUCCAAAGCAUCUCAAACAGACCCUCGUUUUCAGACAUAAAAGCAGCGAAGACUAUCGCCAUUCUAACGGUCUCCUUUUCUGCCUGUUUCGGUCCCAUUGCCGUUUUUGUGGUGGGCAGCGUCCUAGGGUACCAAUGGUGCGAAUUUUCUUUUUACGCUUUCUGGAUUUUGACCUCCAACAGUUGCUGGAACGUUAUCAUUUACAGCGCCAUGGACCGGAAAUUCCGCCGGAGAACGAGGGAGCUGUUCUUUGGAAAGGUGCUGAAAAGGAAGCGGCGCUGCCCGGGUUCGAAUGCAGGUACUGCUGGUCGUUGCGGGGCACUGCUCAAAGAAAUACUGCACCAUGAAUGCGCUUAA